AUAAACGUCAUGGCAUUUGCACAGAGACUAGGCGGGCUGAUCAUACCUCUUGGUCUGGCGGCGACUGUGGUUCCUGCAGCUUUGUACGACGUCCCGGGAGGGUAUCGAGCGGUUCUUUUUGAUAGGUUUUCAGGUGUUCAACCUGUGGCAAAAGGUGAAGGAACGCACCUUUUAUUCCCUUUUAUCCGAAAAGCUAUCUUGUAUGAUGUUCGAAUCAAACCCAGAAAUAUAUCCACAACGACAGGAUCGAAAGAUAUGCAAAUGGUCUCAUUGACAUUACGUGUCAUGUCCCGACCAGAUGUGGAACAUCUUCCUACCAUUUAUCAGAAUCUAGGCUUAGACUACGAUGAACGUGUCUUACCUUCCAUCGGGAAUGAAGUUCUGAAAGCUACAGUGGCACAAUUUGAUGCUUCUGAGUUGAUCACAAAUCGGGAGAUUGUAUCAGCACGAAUAAGAGAUGAUCUCCUGAACCGGGCGAAAGAGUUCAACAUUCUCCUGGAAGACGUCUCAAUAACACAUAUGACGUUCGGCAAAGAAUUCACAACCGCAGUAGAACAAAAGCAGAUAGCGCAACAAGACGCUGAACGUGCCAAGUUUGUGGUCGAGAAAGCCGAGCAAGAACGUCAAGCUGCAGUCAUAAGAGCCGAAGGAGAGGCCGAAGCGGCGCAGACUAUCUCGGCUGCAUUGAGCAAAGCAGGAGACGCUUUUGUUCAGUUUAGGAAGAUUGAAGCUGCUCGGGAGAUUGCUACGACAUUGAGUGGGUCGAAGAACGUCAGUUAUGUGCCAGCUAGUCAAGGCAACAUGUUGCUUCAAGUGCCAACUCAAUGAUUUUCCUUGGAUAGUUAGGGGAGUCAUUGGAAAAUGGUAAGAUUUAUGCAUCACUCUAUGACUGUGUUG